AUGACAGUUGAUACGAACAAAAUUCUGGCCAAUUGGUCGACCUUCUCGGCCACGGUGUUGGAGAGUUUGGCUCAAAUUAGUCCAGCACAAAUGCUUAUUGCAACAUUGGUUCUCAUUCCCGUCUACUUCGUCGUCGGGCUCUUGUACAAUGCGUACUUUCAUCCUCUAGCCAAAUUCCCUGGUCCGCUCUAUGCCCGCUGUUCGGACAUUCCAUACAUGGCAGUGCAUACAAAGGGGGAAAUGCUUCCAUGGCUCAGCUCUCUUCACGCCAAGCACGGUGAUGUUGUACGAAUUGGGGCCUCCAGACUUAGCAUCAUCAACGGCCAGGCUUGGAAGGACAUCUACGCCCACAAGACGGGAGGCAAGAAAAACUUCCCCAAAGAUCCGCGUGUGUACGGAACCGACCCCAACGGCCACCGCAAUCUGAUCACGACAUUGCCAGACUCCGACCACAGCCGCCUCCGAAGAGUCUUCUCGCCAGCGUUUUCGGAAAGAAGCCUCAAAGCUCAGGCACCACUGAUUUUGUCGUACGUAGAUCAGCUCAUGGGGAACAUUCGCCGUGGCAUCCAGACAGACCCAGACGCCAAGUUCGACAUGGUGAAGUUGUACAACCUGACGACAUUCGACAUCAUGGCUGAGCUGGCGUUUGGAGAAUCGCUUGGCCUUCUCGCCGACUCAGAAUACUCAGAAUGGGUCGCCAACAUUUUCGACAAUCUCAAGAACGGCGCCUUCGCCCAAGUUGGUCGGGAGUGGUCAUGGCUGGGCAACAUUGUGAAGUUGAUCACACCACCGAGACUCAAGCAGGCUGCCGACAUGCACUUCAGGCAUUCCAUUGAACGAGUCGAUCGCAGGCUUGAAAGGGACACCGAUAAGGCCGAUAUCUGGAAAUUGGUCCUCAGCCAGCCCGAGGGAAAACAGAUUGACAAGUUUGACAUGUAUAACAACGCGUCUGUCUUCAUGGUCGCUGGAUCCGAGACCACGGCAACCAUUCUCAGUGGCGUCACAUACUUGCUCCUCCGGAACCCCGACAAGCUGGCUCGUCUUGUUAGCGAAAUACGUGGAGUAGACUCUGAAGACGAUUUGGACAUUCAGAGACUUUCUGCGUUGCCAUACAUGACGGCCGUUCUCAAUGAGGCACUGCGUUGGUACCCCCCAGUUCCUGUUGGAGUCUGGAGGGAAGUCCCCGAGGGUGGUAGCGCUACUCGCGUCUCCGUCCCGCAGUUCCCUGCGAACCAUUCGCCGCGCAACUUCAAGGAUCCUGAAGCAUUCAUCCCUGAGCGGUGGAUUCCCGGGCCAGAGUAUGAGCCAAACACGAAAGAGGUUGUCCAGCCAUUCUCUAUCGGCCCCCGGAACUGCAUUGGAAUCAAUCUUGCUUGGCACGAAAUGAGACUCAUCCUGGCCAAAACGCUUUGGAACUUUAACCUCAGCCUUUGCCAAGAGAGUGAGAAUUGGUCGGAUCAGAAGUCUUACAUUCUAUGGGAGAAACACCCGCUCAUGGUGACCAUCAAGUCCGUGCGAUAA